AUGGCAGAAACGCCCAGAGGGAGAGUGGCAGGGCCGGAAGAGGCCUUCCGGUCGUCCGGGGGCCCACAAAAGCUCAGGAGUACUGGGCAGCCUCGCAUGGGUGCCACGGCCCAGGCGGCAGCCCGCGAGGUGCCCAGGCUGGGGGAAGACCGGCGAGUUCCGGGCUGGACCUCCAUCUACAGCCGCCAGACCCUCCCGCCCAGUGGCUCAGGUCCACACAGCAGCGGCGGCGGGCUCCAUCCACCUCCCCCCAAGUGCCUUGGGGGAGGGGCAGUGAUUACGUCCCUCCAGAUUUGGGGUGGCAGCGCGAGGCCUCCGAGUUUUCGCCCGAAGCGGGGCGGACGCUCCACUACGGCCGGCUGUUUCCUGGCACCGCUGCCCUUGCAGGCGGCCGGACGCAAGGCCGCCGGCCUGGCUCUGGGGACGCGGAACGGGUGCCCCUGUCCCUGGCCGGGAUGUGGCCUCAAGGUGGGGUACGGUUCUGUUGGUCGCCCUGGGACUGCCCUGCCACCUCAGGUGAGUACCCGGCGGCGCGAGCCCCCGCGCUGGGCCACCUUCGGGGAAGGGGCCUCUCGCGGCCCAGGCCGGCGGCGCCUCGCGGAGACCUGCAGACCUCGCCGAACAGAGGUGAACCCGCAGCGGCGGAACAGCCAACACCGAGACCCUGGGGUCCUGGCAGAGGCCCUCCGGCUGGCGAGGGGCGCGUGGUGGGUGCCUCCCCGGCUCCCCAGGGAAAGCUCAACAGAGCAGGGCUUGGAAGGGGCAGAGGCGGGGAAGCGCCGGGCCUCUUCGUCCCCGCAGCCCACAGCUGCCUCCCUGUCUGAAUUCCAACGCGGAGGAGCUCCCAUGGCCUUGGGGGUGCCCGAUCUUGCGCCCGGCUUGCCAGCCCUGGUGGCGAAGGCGCUCCCUGCCCUGCUCGGUUUCUCACCGGCCGCAGCCUCUGCUGCUUCCGACCACAGGGAGCGCAGGAAGCACCCCCAAAGCCGCCUCCUCCGCGGGGCGCGCACAGGGGGCCCGAUCCGGCAGCGGUUACGCGGCGAUGCUCCCGCAGCUCCCGGGCUGCGACUCCGGCCGCGGGAGCAACGAACGGAGUCGGUUUCCCACGCUUUUUCUCUCCAUCCCAGACCUUUAAAAAGCCGCCAACGAAUGCCAUUGCGGGUUUGCGCUGAGCCUGAGCCCAGCGCCCAUCCCGCGCCGCGUGGAGCCGGGACUUCGCGCCGGGCUCACCCCCGGGGCCGCCCGCCUGCGCUCCGGGAGCAGCUUCGUUCCACCGCGCGCACGUCCCCCGCAGCGCCGCGGAGCAUCGCGCAGCGGAGGUGGCACGGUGGCCCCGCAGAACGCUGCCCGCGUGGACGCGCCAGCCCCCUCCUGCUCCCGAAUCCGGCUGAGCUCCGGCUCCCUUGGAGGAAGGGGGCCCAGGGGGCAGGCACACUCUUGCACAGGGCCCAGCCCCAUGACCUCUGCAGCCCAGGCAAGCCCACACACCCCACUGAGGACUCAGCGCGUGCCAGGCCUGGGGCAGCUCCCCAUUGGUGGGACAGACCGCCCCCCAGAAGAGCAGGAUUUCAGGGUGCACCUCUGCCCUCUGCAAGGCCAAGGCUCUGGGACCAAGCUGCAGACCUGGCAUCCACUCAUCCAUCCAACCGCUCAUUCGCAGAUGUGUCGCGGAGCCUGGGCCGCGUGGGCGUGCUUGUUCCAAUGAACACGAAUGAGCCUGUUUUCACAUUAGAGAAAGAACAGCUUCUAGUGGAGAUGUGGCACCUUUAACAGGCUAAUUAAUGUGCGGCAGCUGGAGCCGUUUAUCAUCUUCCAAGUCUCACGAAAAGGGAAAAACUAUCACUUAAACAGCCAUUGGAAACGCAGCAUCGCAUGUGGAUUUCUUAACGCAAAUAAAUCAUACAAACCAA